AUGAGAUCAUCACAAUCUUCUUGGUUGCCACGUAUUGGUUUGUUAUACGUGGCGUUAGUCAUGCUCAUACCAUUCUUGGUAUCUCCAAAAAGUGCAUUUGCCGUCGCUGCUGUCAGUGAUGACGAAUCAUCUUCUCCAGAUAACUACGGUACUGUCAUUGGUAUUGAUUUAGGUACUACUUACUCAUGUGUCGGUGUCAUGAAGAAUGGUAAAGUUGAAAUCUUGGCCAAUGAUCAAGGUAACAGAAUUACCCCAUCUUAUGUUGCCUUCAAUGGUGAUGAAAGAUUGGUUGGUGAUGCCGCUAAGAAUCAAGCCGCUUCCAAUGUUAACAACACUGUUUUUGAUAUUAAGAGAUUAAUUGGUUUGAAAUACAAUGAUGACACUGUUCAAAAAGAAAUCAAACACUUGCCAUACAAGAUUGAAAACAAGGGUAACAAGCCAGUUGUUAAAGUUGAAUUUAAUGGUGAAGAAAAAACCUUCUCUCCAGAAGAAAUUUCUUCCAUGGUUUUGGGUAAAAUGAAGAGUAUUGCCGAAGAUUAUCUUGGUAAGAAAGUCACCCAUGCUGUUGUCACUGUUCCAGCUUAUUUCAAUGAUGCCCAAAGACAAGCCACUAAAGAUGCUGGUGUUAUUGCCGGUUUGAAUGUCUUGAGAAUUGUCAAUGAACCAACUGCCGCUGCUAUUGCCUACGGUUUGGACAAAGGUGACACCGAAAAACAAAUCAUUGUCUACGAUUUGGGUGGUGGUACUUUCGAUGUUUCCUUGUUGUCUAUUGAAGGUGGUGUUUUCGAAGUUUUGGCUACUGCUGGUGAUACUCACUUGGGUGGUGAAGAUUUUGAUUUCAAGAUUGUCAGAUACUUGGCCAAACAAUUCAAGAAGAAGCACAACAUUGAUAUUACUUCCAACACCAAGGCUAUUUCUAAAUUGAAGAGAGAAGCUGAAAAGGCCAAGAGAACUUUGUCUUCUCAAAUGAGUACUAGAGUUGAAAUUGAUUCAUUUGUUGAUGGUAUUGAUUUCUCUGAAACCCUUUCUAGAGCCAAGUUUGAAGAAUUGAACAUUGCUGCUUUCAGAAAGACUUUGAAACCUGUUGAACAAGUUUUGAAAGAUGGUGGUGUUAAGAAAUCCGAAAUUGACGAUAUUGUCUUGGUUGGUGGUUCUACUAGAAUUCCAAAGGUCCAAGAAUUAUUGGAAAACUUCUUUGAUGGUAAGAAGGCUUCUAAAGGUAUUAACCCAGAUGAAGCUGUUGCUUACGGUGCCGCUGUUCAAGCUGGUGUCUUGAGUGGUGAAGAAGGUGUCGACGACAUUGUCUUGUUGGAUGUCAAUCCAUUGACUUUGGGUAUUGAAACCUCUGGUGGUGUUAUGACUACUUUGAUCAAGAGAAACACUGCUAUCCCAACCAAGAAAUCCCAAAUUUUCUCUACUGCUGCUGAUAACCAACCAACUGUCUUGAUUCAAGUUUACGAAGGUGAAAGAACCAUGGCCAAGGACAACAACAGAUUGGGUAAAUUCGAAUUAACUGGUAUUCCACCAGCCCCAAGAGGUGUUCCACAAAUUGAAGUUACUUUCUCCUUGGAUGCCAAUGGUAUCUUGAAGGUUGAAGCUGCUGAUAAAGGAACCGGUAAAUCUGAAUCCAUCACUAUCACCAACGAAAAGGGUAGAUUAUCCAAGGAUGAAAUUGAUAGAAUGGUUGAAGAAGCUGAAAAAUACGCUCAACAAGAUCAAGAAUUGAAAGAAAAGAUUGAAGCUAGAAACUCCUUGGAAAACUAUGCUCAUCUUUUGAGAGGUCAAUUGAAUGACAAAUCAGAAACUGGUUUAGGUUCUAAAUUGGAUGAUGAUGACAAGGAAACCUUGGAUGAUGCUAUUAAAGAAACUUUAGAAUUUAUUGAAGACAAUUUCGAUACUGCAACUGCUGAAGAAUUUGAAGAACAAAAACAAAAAUUGAUCGAUGUUGCUAACCCAAUCACUGCUAAAUUAUACGGUAAUGCCGGUGGCGAAGAAGGUGCUGGUGGCGCUAAAUUCGGUGACGAUGAUUCAGAUGAUGAAUUUGAUCACGAUGAAUUGUAA